CGACGCAUCAUCAUGUCAACUGUUGUAACGCUUUUGUUUCCCGUUCCAUCAGCAGGAGCUGAGGCUUUCGACUCUGAUUACUAUAUCAACAAACAUCUUCCUCUUGGUCUAAAGGCCUGGUCCAAGUAUGGACUGGGAAAAUGGUCGAUCAUCAAGCUGAACCCCGAGACUGGAUAUGUGAUGCAGACCAUCAUGGUUUGGGAGAGUGCGGAAGCUCAAGCUCUGGCAAUGAAGGAAGCUGGCGCCGAAUUGUUGGGAGAUAUGAAAAACUUUACAACUGAGAAACCGCUUGUUGUUCCUGGCGUUUCUGCUGCUGGCGAUUUGAUUUGA